GUUUUUUUUUAUUAUGGAAAAAGGCGGAUCAUAAAUAGCUUAAUGUGUGAAAGUUUAUUUUACACAUAUAAAACAUUUACAUAGUUUUAUUUGCAGCAGGUGACGGGGUGGUUGGAAAAAAAAAAAAAAAAAAACUCGCAUCAGAGUCGAGACGCAGACAGGAUCAUCUAAUUUGAAAACGCAGCCGCAGUACCACGAAGCAAGCAGCUGCACAAGCAGGAAAGAUGGGGGACAAGGAGCUGAUGUGGUCCUUAAAAAAUGGAGAUCUUGAUGUGGUGAAAGAUUUUAUAGCCAAGGGUGAGGAUGUGAACCGGACACUGGAAGGGGGAAGGAAGCCACUUCAUUAUGCUGCAGACUGUGGACAGACUGAGAUGGUGGAGUUCCUCCUUUCCAAAGGAGCAGAUGUCAAUGCUCCCGACAAGCAUGGCAUUACUCCCCUCCUCUCAGCCACCUACGAGGGCCAUGUCACCUGUGUCAAACUCCUUCUCUCCAAGGGUGCAGAUAAAGAAACGAAAGGACCUGAUGGGAUGAAAGCCUUCGAAGCAGCAGAGAGUGCAGAUAUCAAAGCUCUUCUAAAGUGAGCUGGAAAAGGAUGGAUUGAUGGAAAGCUAAAUGGAUGAAUGCAUUUCCUGUGGCCUCGUUACUUCCUGCCUCUUGUUUUCUCACUCUGUUGUCUGUUAUUGCCUCCUUUAUUGAAUCAUGCAUCCCUUAAGGACCAAACUGAGGGACAGCGAAACACACCCAUGGUGGAAACCAAACAUUUUCUGACAUAACAAAUUUUAAAAAAAUGUAUCAUGAUAAUAACAUUAAUAACCAACCAACAAAUAACCGACCAAGACCUAAAUUGUAAUAAUAAUAAAAACUAGAGCACUUAUACAUAAGUAGUUGGUUAAUAAAAAACUGUUGAUGGGGCACUUUUGUUAAGAUACAUCAUCAAUAAAAAAAGCAUCUGAUACUGAUUUUUAGGGGUUUUUUUCUUCAUUGUGGGCCACAUUUAGACUGUCAUUCCCUGACGGAACAGUUUCUGUCCACCAGGGUGUGGCACACCUGAAAUCAGUGUUUAAAGAAUGAAGAAAUUAAUAAUGAUUUGUUUGUUUUGCAUAUAAAGUGUAUUUUAUAGCCAUGGAAUUUUGGAAAAAAAAAUAUGGUGUGACAUCUGUUUAUUGGGCAUAAAAAAAUGAAGCCUUGUACCUUGAA